AUGGCCCCCUUCACUGCGGCCGCGGAUGGCAGCAGCCUUUGCACCACACCGAUCUGUCUCGAGAUCGCCUCAAACAUUCUCAUGAGUCUCGCGCCGAACCAUACCGACAUCGAUCCGUGCACAGACUUUGACAAAUAUGCGUGCUCUGGAUGGAAAGCAACCCAUGCGCCUGGGGCUGGCCAAGGAAAGGCCUCAUCGCUGGGUAUUGUCGGGAGUGAUGUCUCGAUAGUGCUGAAGAACAUCGUGGAAGGCACCUACCCCAGUGGACCAGACGCUGGAUUUAUCACGGCAUCACUGUCUCAAGAGCAAAUAGGCGUGGAUCGGGACAACUUUCAGCUGAUCGUGGAGACAUACAAUGCUUGCCUCAAUGACACCGCCGUCAAGGCUGCAGGCUUGGGUCCUCUCAUCAAUCUCGUCAACCGUGUCGCGGAGGCUUUUCCUGUGGCCAAUACUACAGAGGACAAAGAACGCAAGAUCUCGAAGAAUGAUGCCAAAAACAUGGGCAAGACACUACUGUUCUUUGGUCAACUCGGCAUCUCUACUUUCGAGUCCGUCACUGUUGACUUUGAUGACCAGAAUACGAACAAGACACUCAUAUCCGUCAUCCCCGGAGGCACGCCGUUGCUCACAGGUUCUGUAGCCAGAAAUAAUGAUACCGUUGCGGAGUAUGAGCGCAUUAUGGCAGCACUUCUUCAGGCAGUACACCCGGCGAAACUCGAUGUUAUGAAUGCCCAGAGACUCGCUCUAGCCGUCACUAAGUUUGAGAAGGACGCGGUCGCUUUGCAGGCCACUGAUGACAGCAAAGCAAGCCCAACUCCACCAAAGUCACCAGCAAGGAAGUUCAAGUUGGAAGAGGUCACAAGCGUGGCCCCAGAACUUGGUCAUGAUUUUGUCAUCAACAACUUGAUUCCCGCGGACUAUACGCCGGAUCAACUUGUGUUUUCCCCAGCCUACUUUGGCAACCUAUCUCAGCUUCUCGCCAACACCUCUGUCGAAACGGUCCAAGGAUUUUUUAUCUGGAAAACAGUAUCCACCUUCUCCAACUUCGUCGAGACAGAUGUCACGGAAAGGUUGAACGACUUGAAAUCAAAGCUUCGCGCUACAGAUCCGGAGUUGGUUGGCAAGCCACCGAGAUGGCAGCAAUGCGUCGGUCAUGUGGAUGAGGGUGUCCCAUGGAGUGGCUUGCCUGCCGGGCUCGGCUGGAUUCUGAGCCGAUUCUACCUCGAUAAGGCAUACUCGAACGAAGCUCGUGAUCUGGCUAUCAACAUGAUGGGCACGAUCCAGCAGGCCUUUAUCUCGCGCCUCGGCGAGAAGGACUGGUUAACAUCCGAAGUCAAGAAAGAGGCCGAAGUGAAGGUCAAUGCCAUUUCGAAAAAGAUUGGUUAUCCCGACGUGUCUCCGGACACCACAAACCCACGCAAGCUUGCAGAUUAUUAUAAUGGGCUCAAGGUUACCGACUCCUACUUCGACAAUGCCCUUGCGUUUGCCACUUUCUCUAGCAAGUCGCUAUGGGCUCUGCUUGGCAAGCCUGCUGAUAAGAACAUUUGGCUGCAAACCCCAUCAACAACAAAUGCUUACUACUCUACAACCUUCAACGACAUUGUCAUCAAUGCUGGUAUCCAGCAAAAACCCCUCUAUAAUGUUGCUUAUCCCUCAUAUGUUAACUAUGGCGCACUUGGCACCGUUCUUGGUCAUGAGCUCACCCAUGGCUUCGACAACAGCGGGCACAAUUACGCUGCCAACGGGUCUCUCACAAACUGGUGGGAUGAGCAGAGCCUCAAGGCGUUCAGUAAUCGUACCAAAUGCUUCGCCAACCAGUAUCAGCAAUUCACGGUCAUUGCGCCUAAUGGUACGAAUGUUCCCGUUCGAGGUAACUUCACGCUCGGUGAAAACAUAGCAGAUGCCGGAGGUGUGGCGACAAGCUAUGCGGCGUGGAAGAAACUACAGUCAGACAAGAAGUCUCAAGAUUUCGACUUGCCUGGCCUGCAGAGUUUCUCGCAUGACCAGAUUUUCUUCUUGAAAUGGGCACAAAACUGGUGCGACGUGUCAUCUUCGAAGGUGUACGAUGUCUACCUGCUUGGGGCCGACGUGCACUCUCCAGGAUUCGCUCGUAUCAAAGGGCCCUUGGACAACUCGAAGGACUUCCGCAGCGUUUUCAACUGCCCCCAAAGACAGCCUACAUGUGAGCUUUGGUAG